AUAAGGAAGGCUACUCCACCUAUAGCCAGUUGGUUUUAGGUUGGAUGCAAGCCUUGUGUUGAGCCCACAUGCAGGAUUUUCAAUAUGGUAUCAGAGCCUUGUCGGUGAGGAAUCGGAGAGUUUCUUUCAAUUUUAUUCCUAUUCUCUUGUUCCCAUUCUGUAAUGGCCCCAUCUCAAAACAGUAGCUACCCAUAUCCUUCUACUCUCAAUGUGUCAAACUUUGUUUCCCUAAGACUUACUCCCACCAACUAUCUAUUAUGGAGGACUCAAAUGGCCGCCUUAAUUGAAAGCCAAGACAUGCAGGGAUUCCUAGAUGGAGAGUAUGUCAUGCCGACAGCCAAAAUCACCCCAACUGACAACACUGAUGCUGAGGGACCCAAAGAGGUACCAAACCCGGCUUAUAUCUCAUGGAGGCGGUCUGAUCGUCUUCUAUGUGGAUGGAUCACUGGCACUCUUUCUGAAGAAGUGCUUGGAAUCGUUGUGGGACUCACAACAUCUCGUGAGGUUUGGGAUGCGUUAGAAGAAGCUUAUGCCCAAGACUCUCAAGAGAGAGAGUUCAAUUUGACACAAGCAAUGACCACAUUGCGGAAAGGUAACGAUUCAUUGACUGAAUAUUUAAGAAAAUUCAAGGCUAUUUGUGAUGAACUUGCUGCUAUGGGGAAACCAAUACUAGACAAAACCAAAGCCUUUUGGGUGUUACAAGGACUUGGCCAAGGCUAUGAGAACUUUGUGACAACCAUGUUGAAACCUCCGGUUCCUCCAUACCGAGAAGUUGUAUCUCUUCUCAAAAGUCAUGAGACUCAGAACCAAAUCCAUGGUCUAGAGCGCCUCAAGGCGCGUCUUGUUGCCAAAGGAUUUCAUCAAAUAGCCGGUGUUGAUUUGUCUGAAACAUUUUCCCCUGUGGUGAAAGCUGGGACCAUUCGUACUAUAUUAGCAAUUGCAACAACCAAACAAUGUCAAAUCCGACAACUGGACGUGAAGAACGCUUUUCUACAUGGAUAUCUCAAUGAGCCGGUAUGUAUGGAGCAACCACCUGGGUUCUUGGAUCCCAAAUUCCCAACUCAUGUUUGUCGAUUAAAACGUGCUUUAUAUGGGUUGAAACAAGCACCACAUGCUUGGUUUGAUAGACUUAGCAAAUUCCUUUUUAACAUUGGAGAUAACUCUGAAUUUCUUGAGUUGUUUAUCUCUCAGCUUGGUCAAGAAUUUGCUAUUAAAGAUCUUGGUCAUCUCAAUUUCUUUCUUGGCAUAGAAGUUCAUUACACAAGCCUUGGUUUGAUUCUAUCUCAAUCCAAAUAUGCACUAGACAUUCUAUCCAGAGCUCAAAUGGAGGGUUGCAACUUGAUCUCCACUCUUAUGGCGCUUAAAGCACGUUCCUCACAUUCUAGCAAUGAUGCAUUUCAUGAUCCAACUCAUUAUAGGAGUAUUGUUGGGGCACUUCAAUACCUCACAUUUACUCGACCAGAUCUCUCAUUUGCAGUCAAUUAUGUUUGCCAGUUCAUGAAUUCUCCUACAAUUGGAAAUUACCAAACUGUCAAGUGGAUCUUAAGGUAUGUACAUGGGACUCUCAAUUAUGGCUUACAAAUUCUUAACCAAAGUUCCUUGGACUUGUAUGCCUUUUCAGAUGCUGAUUGGGCUGGGUGUUCUUUGACCCGUCGUUCCACCUCUGGUUAUUGUACCUUCUUGGGAAGCAAUUGCAUUUCAUGGUGUGCAAAGAAACAACCUACAGUGGCUCAUUCGAGUGCCGAAGCAGAGUAUCGAUCUAUGGCUUCGACAACUGCUGAAAUCACUUGGCUUGCACACCUUCUUCGUGACAUUGGAGUGGCUCUUAACAAUGCCCCUAUUCUUCAUUGUGACAAGUUGAGUGCAAUCUAUAUGACAGUCAAUCUAGUCUUUCAUAGCCGCACCAAACACGUUGAAAUUGAUUAUCAUUUUGUUGGAGAGAAAGUUGCUCUUGGUCACCUUAUUACUCGGUUUGUCAGUUCUACCUCACAGUUAGCUGACAUCUUUACAAAGCCAUUGACUCGAGACAGCUUUCAUCGACUCCGCAGCAAAUUGGGUCUUGUGUCUCUGCCACUGCCCAAUUUGAGGUGGAGUAAUAAAGUCUCAACUUGUGAGGAUCAAUGUGUAGAACCUGCAGAAGGAAACAAAUCAAAUGGCAUUGUAGAACCUGCAGAAGGAAACAGAUCAAAUGGCAAUAAUGCUUUGGAGGAAAAUCAGCAAUCAAAGAAAUUGUAAAAUGCAACCGUUGGAGACAUAGCCGUUGCAAAUUUAUAUUGUAAUCAUACCUUAAAUCAUGCUAUUUUAUGUAUAAUGCAACUAUAAAUAGAAGAAACUCUC